AUGUCUGAUGCCAUCUGUUCAUUUCAAAUGGAUCCAGAUUUGCAGGAGGCUUUCGGUGAUGUUCAGAGCUCCAUCUACAGAACAGCCCUAAAACUACGCUCGGUUCAAAGUCUGUGCCAGUUGGAUUUGAUUGAUAUUUCUCUGAUUCAGCACAUCCUCCCAAGUGAACAGAGCCAGAGGGAAAAGCAGAUUUCUCUGAAAGUGCAGCAGCUCUCUGAAAUACUGAUGGAACUGUUCCAAAGGGCAAGAUUAGAGAAACCAGGCCAGGUAGAUCCACGAGCUGCUGAAUUCACGUUGAGCCUGCUAGCUGCCAUGUAUGACAGAUCUGGAACAGGUUAUAUCAAAACUAGAUCUGCUGCAGCUGCCCUAAUUGCCCUUUCAGGAGACACCCUACUGGCUAAAUACAGAGCUUUCUUCCAGUUUUAUUCUGUCCCUGAUGGGAAGGUUGCCAUGAUUACCCGUAGUUCCCUGAGAAGCCUGCUAACAGACUUAAAUCAGAUCCCAGCCAUUGUGGGAGAAAGCUGCACUCUGUCUUGUGUGGAAAUUGCGACUCACAGCUGUUUCCAUGAGGUUCUGAACUCAGCAAUUGUUGAAGAAAAGUUCCUGUCUUGGCUGAGAUCGGAGCCUGCUGUUCUCCUGUGGCUCCCUACGUGUUACAGAUUAUCAGCCACAGAAAUGGUUUCUCACCAAGCUAGAUGCAGAGUCUGCAAAAUUUUCCCCAUUACAGGCCUCAGGUAUCGCUGUCUGAAGUGCCUCAAUUUUGACCUUUGCCAAGUCUGUUUUUUCACUGGCCGUCUCAGCAAACCACAUAAGGUGUCACAUCCCAUUGUGGAACACUGUGUGCAG